CGACUGCGAAACAGAAACAAAAAAAAAUCUUGCGCACAACAAAAGAGUGUGAAAACAAAACAAUAACAAAUCCGGCUCGCGCGGCCCCAUCAACCAAAACGAAUGCAAUUGAUCGAUAAUGGAAUAGUGCAACAAAAGUAAGUGAUAAUAUGCAAAACAAAAAACUAAAACAGAAUGACCAACCGACAGCACUCCCGUGUACAAGUUACGCAUCAUUGGCUAACAAGAUCAGCGGCAGCGGCCGCGGCAUGGUUGGCGGCCGAACGAUCGAAAUUCAAUUUGAUCUGCAAAUGAUCUGCGGCAGGUUGCAACUGUCGUGUGCCGCCGCCCGAGCUCCAGUGUGUUCCGCGCCAGAGCGAAGAGUGUCAUUACUUAACACCAAAAAGAUUGGAACCGAAGCAAAGGCCGCAAAGGGAGAAAAAUGAAAUGCGAAGGAAAGUUGGGUGUGUUGUAGAACUGGUGUGAUCGAUUUAUAGUUUCCUCCAUAUAAAAGUGCCACCGGUAGGGUCCAUUAGAGUAGUUCGGUAUGGUAAUUCGAUCAUGAUACAAGUAGUACAACAGUGAGUUCGUGUGGAUAUCUACCUAUAGUGAGCAACAGGUUUACUACGGAACAAAUAUAUAUACGGAACAGAGAACAGAACCGAACAGAACGAAUCGUGAGGAUGACUACACACUGGUUGGUCCACCUGGCAACGGUGGUAGCGCUGGUGUCGAAAGUGGCAAGUGAUUGGGACUUCCGUGGGUUCGAUUUUGGCGAUGAAGAUUCGGAACUAAUCGGUCCCUACGAGAAGGCAUUCAACGAUGACUACUCGCCGUUCGAGUUUGGGCUGGGUAGUUUCGGAUUGAUGUCGGACUCGCCGCGGUAUGCCCGGAUGACAUCGUACGUGGAUCCGGUCGAGAGUCGGUUCGCACGCAACAAACGCAAGUCGGAGGCAAGCGCGGAGGAUGAUGUCGAAGAGGACGAUGAGGAAGGGGAUGAGAAGAGCGAAGGGGACGGUAGCGUGGAUGAUUACGCCGAUCGGUACGAACGGUUUGUAAGUCGUCACUUCAGGGAUCGGGAUGAUCGCAGGAAAAAGGACGAACGUAAGGCUGAGGAGGGCAAGGGAGACGAGGGAUCGGAGUAUGACUAUCGGUUUGAUUUUUCCCCCUCGGAUGACUACGAGAGAAUCAAGCAGGAAUCGGAAGCCCAAAGUAGACAGUUGGCGAAAGAUCCGAAGAACUGUAAAGCUUACGAGCAGGAUGGUAUGCUGUGUCAUGUGUGUAGGGAUGCGGAGUCGGACACCACUUCGGAGUCAUGUGCUUACGCAACGGAUCCACACCACAAGAAGUUUGCCUAUGUGAAGCAGAAGAACUACAACAGCAGCGAUCCCGAGAAUGUGGAACCAGAGCAGGAGCCGAAAGCGGAAGAUGAGCCUGAAGCGGAGAGAGACGUCGAGGAAGUGGAAGAAGAUGAAGCGAGCGAAGAGAAUGCUCAAUUGAAAGCUCAUCCACAGAAAAAGCGAGCGGAAACCACCAACGAAAGACCACAGAAGCCUCACGUUAUACCCACAAAAAAACCGGUGGUUCAUGCCAAACCUGGCUCCUAUUCUUCCAACGGAGGUGGCUACCGAUACCAGCCGGUUGACCUGCGUUCAAACAAGGAACGGCCUCAGAUUCAAUCGCACCAGCAGAGCGGAAUCGUGCAUCCAACGUACAACGAAUUCUACACUCACCUGUUUCCGUCGCAAGAUGGGGACCACAGUCAGAGACUCCAGCAGCAGCAGCAACAACAGCAGCAGGAACCCGCACUCAGCCCGGAUGAGGUGUACGCACUAAAGUAUCAGAACAAGGAUGACGUCGCUAAAGUUCUAGCUGAGUUUGAGGCACGCGACUGGUCCAACUGCAAGAAAGGCAAAAAGAACGAACUCACCUGCUACCAGUGUACCGACAAGGCCGGCGUUAAGCACGAGGAAUGCAUGUAUGUUUCCGAAUCGCGUCAGGUCUCGUCGAAGGUGUUGCCAGCCACCGUAGCCGCGGUGAAUCCGGCCGCCAGUGAGCCGAUGCAGAAGCCCACUAAGAAGUCCCGCCGCAAGAAGGUCACCUCCGAGAAGAAGGCCGUCUCGCCCAAGCUUAAGAACGCCAGCAGCAGCAGCAGCAACCUGUCCGGUAAAUUGAUUCAGUUGGAACCAAGCGAGUCGGAUGUUGCCACCGGCGGGGAAGAAGCGGUUGCAGCAGCGGCAGCCGCGCCGACCCAUCGGGGACAGGAGCGUCAAACCGUGAAGAGAACCGUGUCCAUCAAGAGCUACGUGGAUGGUUCCGGGAAGCAGGCCAAGAAGGAACCGGUCGACGGGGAGCGGGUGAUGCAUUACGAGCAUCACAUAACCCAUGUGCUGUAGGAGAAAGAGCGAGAGGCUGAACUGUACGGCGUUUCUUUUCCCUGUAAGGUGUUAAAUAUAAGACAAUUACGGAUAAUAUAUAAGCGAAUCACUUUUUCCUAUUAUUAUAUUCCUUUCGUGAGCAAUUGAUUUUCCGGUUAUGUACCAUUUGCAACGAUAUGACAAUUUCACCAUUAUUGGCUUUCGAAGAAGUUCGAUUCGCGGAUUUUACUUUUUUUGAAGGUUAAGUUCCCUCACAUUUUUCAAUUUUUAUUGGUUUCAGUUUUUCUUCUUCAAUAUUGUAAUGCAUCAACUACAUUUAGUUAACUUACUAUAGUUAGUCCAUAUGUGUGUGUGUCGAUUCGUCUCAGAUUCCGGUCAUAAAGAGAACCUUCGAAGAAGAAGCAGAUAUCUGCUGCUUGGUUUUCUGUCUCACAGUUGUGUAGGAUUUUGAUACAUUACCGGUCUUUAUAAUCGUCAAAUGGUGGUAUGUGGUGUGCAUAGUUUUCUCCUCAUACAGAUAUCAUCAAUAACUAUGAUCUAUCAAUACAAUGCUUAGCGAUUAAAACUUCACCUAAACUUAUUUGUUUACUGCACUUUUGUGUUCUGUCUGUACUACAUAUGGGAAAAGAAUGCAUCAUUCUCUUUCGUUUCAAAGGUUGCUUGGUUUUUUUUCGCUCUGUACGGGCAUUGACCAUCCCAAAUGACGGGUUUCUUUUGUUGCUGAUGCCUACACAUGAUUAAGAAUAUACGAUUUGUAAAUACAAACUUUUGCUUUAUUUUUUCGUUAUUUUUUUCUUCUAUUGCCACACAGUUGCUGUUUCUCUCCAACACUCAUUCAUAUGUUCGGCACCGAUUUGAUUAAACCAUUAGAUGUGAGCGAACCCCAAUCGGUUCCACACCUAUUUUAUAAUUGUUGUUUCGUUUCAUGGGCUAUCUUGGAAAGCUCUCACUCUUCCAUGUCUGUUUCUCCGCCAUGCCUUGCGUAUUUAAUCAAUUUCUACUACUUAAGACCUACGUGGGGAGGAUGACAAUGAAAUAAAAUAAUGAAGCUGAAGAAUUUUUUUUAUUUAUCUGGUGGCUUAACCAGUUUAUUUUCAGUUUUUUGUUGUUGUUGCAUAAAUAAAUCACAUGACAGUGCACAGUGUUACAUGGUUUCACUGCCGCUCCCUUUUUAGGAACUAUCCAUUCGUUUUUUUCUGUAGUCAGAAGGGUGUGACGGUCGGUCAGAUUACCCUUUCCAUAGUGAAGUGAAGAAAAAGAAUACAAACGCACGCGAGAAUGUGAAGAGGAAAAUGCUAAUUCAUUCUUUCGUCAAUUAUGUAUAGCAGUAGACUCAUCUACUCUCUUCCUCUGGGGGAUAUGGACAGUUUGUUUGAUGAUACCUUUCAUUGUCGUGUGUAAUAUCUUAGCUUUUAAUAAAUAUAAACUUUAUACAAACUGAUUUUAGUUUUGUGUGUGUACCAGGGACAGAAUCUCUUCCCGUUUUACAUGGAAAAAUCAAUUUUAAAAUUGUUAUGAUUCUAAAAACGAAACACUUUCUCAUCUAACAAUAUCGCUCAUAGUUGGAUAUUACUUUGAACACUUACAAUCGGUAGCUACACUACAAAGUUAUAAUUGUAGCUGGAAUCCACUUGCUUCUUAGAACACGUAAGUUUCAUCCGCCAUGUCGAUAGCCCAUCGGAACUUGUCUCGCUGUGUUUUGUUGAAGAUUUUCUCAAUCGGGACGCCGAA